GUGGUCAACCAUCAGCAAUGUGCUUCUGGCCCCAGAACACCGAGGGCCUCAUCCAGGAGGGUCCUGAUGCAGAGGACAACGCACCUGCUAUGUCCUUAGCUGAUGAAGAUGUCACUGUGGUUCCUACAUCUCUCCAGUCACCCUCUCAUGUCAACCAACCCAAGGACCUCAUUCGCUGCCUGCCACCUCACCUGUCCAUGUACAUCCUGGGGCUUUUGGAUCAAAAAUCCCUCCAUGCGUGUGCUGCUGUGAGCAGUUGCUGGGCUUUUCUGGCCAAAGAAGUCGAGAGGGAACAUGUGUGUCAAAGCCAAGUACAGGAGAAGAUCCUGUAUUUGCAGGGCUUGUGUCCUAGAGGAGCAGUGUCAAACUACGCUAAAACAGUGGAUGUGACAAUUCCGCAGUUAAAUGAAGAGGGUGAUGUCAUCAAAGUGAAGGAUGACAGUCAAAGUAGAACAAAGGAGAAACACAAUCUGCAGGCAGCCUACCAUGAUCUGAAAACUGGCACAGUCCAGCUGGAAGAGAGAAAUGUCUUCUGCGGCUCCUACAACGUUCGUGUCCUCGCGGAGCAGCCAGACCAAAGCAGAGUAAUCCAUUACAGCGGUGGGAACUUGGUAGCCAUUGGCUCUGCAGACCGAAAAGUGAGGCUUCUUGGCAUAUGGGGAAUGAGAGAAGUGCCUCCUCUGCUCUCUGGCCACGCUGGGAGCAUCAAAGCACUCUUCCUCAAUGAGAAGAAAGGUUUCGUUCUCAGCGCGAGCUUCGAUCUCAGCAUCAGGUGCUGGGAUAUACACGGUGGUGCUUGUGUGAAAAUCUUUAAUGGCCACUGUGGGACAGUCACCUGCUUGGAUUUACACGAAGAGCAGUUUGUGUCAGGAGCCAGAGAUGGGAUGGUGAAAGUGUGGGACCUGGCGAGUGGGAGAUGCCUGAGGACUCUGAAGCACGGCGGUGCUGUGAGGGCAGUGAAAAUGGAUGGCACCCGUGUUGUCAGCGGGGGAGACCGAGGGCUGGUGAAAGUCUGGCGUGCAGAUACGGGCACCCUGAUCAAAAUAUUAGAGGGGCACCAGGGCCCCAUUAAGUGCUUGGCCUUUGAUCAGUGGCACCUAGUCACGGGAAGCACCGAUGGCUACGUCCUGGGAUGGAGCAUGUUGGGAGACCUCAAGAGAUGCCUAAUAGCUUUUCACCACCCUAGGGAAGUUCUGUCUCUGGAGUUCCUCUAUCUCAGAGUCCUCAGUGGCUGUGCCGAUGGGAAGAUUCGGAUCUUUAACUUCCUGACUGGAACCUGCCUGAAAGUGCUGAUGGCCAGCAGCAGAGGGGACCCCAUAUCUUCCUUCUACACUGCAGGAAACAGGAUGGUGAUCAACUCACCGACUAGUCUGCUGAUGUUCCAGUUUGAGGAUGUCAGGUGGGAUUACACCCUAGAUGCUGACCGAGAGGUGGUGGGGAAGAACAAAUGGCACACGGGACCUCCAAGAAGAAGGCUUCACCUUCAGCGAGCACCCCAGGAGCUCAGCCAGCUGCAGUGCCAUGCUCGGGAGAAACAAG